AUGAACGUUUAUAUCACUGCAUAUAUGUUGAAAAUAAUGAUAGAGGUGGAACCGCCAAGCCCGUUAAGAUACACAAUCGGAGCGGCAAUCAUGAUGAUCGGAGUGGUUUUGCCCCAAGGAUACAUGGUGUUCCGUAACAAACGCGCUCCUUCGUCGUCUUCUUACUCCAAACAGACGAACAAAGUUCUGAUAUAGAGAUACUGAAGGCAGAGGGAUUUAAAAAAAGAGUCAAGAUCGAUGGGGUUACAUUUGAGGGAUGACAAUGAAGGAUUGGAAAAAGGCAGUAA